GCAACUAGCGACUAAACAAUAAUACCUCGACCUUCUCGAUCUUCUCAAGUGCAAAAGAUUUAUCUGUCGAAGUGUCCCCCUGUACAUCCCUCACAUAAGUGGCGUUUUGGCCGUGCCCGUGAAUGGAUCCAUGCAGAAGUCUCUCCAUCUCUAUCCUCUCUCCGGCUUCUCGGACCUCCGCGGCGUCGAUCAUGAAGAUCGGACCGUCUCUUCUAGACGCGAUCGCCCGGCUCUCGAUCCUCGCGAUGCUCUGCUUCCUCCGAGCCGGCUCGCAGGAGCUUCGCAGGGGCUUCGAAGCCGCCCCGAGGGUUUCCGUCGCCGCUUUCCAACCCUUGCUCACCGACCCCACCGGCAACUUCUCGCUGAGCUUCCUCCGAGUCAACAGCACGAGGCUCGCCCUCGCCGUCGUCCACGUGCCGUCCUCGCAUCCCGUCUGGGUCGCCGACCAGGCCCGGACCGCCGGGUGGUCCGACCGCAGCACCCGGCUCUCCUUCAACGGCAGCAUCGUAGUCUCGGACCCCUCGUCGGGGGUGUUCUGGUCAACGGGCACCGACGGUGACCGGGUCGUGCUCCUGAACAGCUCGAAUCUUCAAGUCCAGAAGCAGAGUGACGGCGACGGCGGGACCCCGGUCGUUGUAUGGCAGAGUUUCGACUUUCCGGCGGACACCCUCGUGGAGAAUCAGAAUUUCACGGCCGCCAUGUCGCUGACGUCGUCGAACGGGCUCUACUCGAUGCGCAUGGGAAGCGACUUCUUCGCCCUCUACGCGAAGUUCGACGGCGCUUCGGACCAAAUGUAUUGGGAGCACAAGGCGCUGGAGGCGAAAGCGCAGGUGGUCGACGGGGCCGGCCCGGUCUAUGCCCGGGUCGACCCGGACGGGUUCAUAGCCAUGUACCAGAACAGCAGCGUCCCCGUCGAUGUCGAGGCCUUCAACAGCUUCCAGAAGCAGAUCGACUCCUUCCUCAUGCUCCGGUUGGAAUCGGACGGGAACCUCAAGGGCUACUACUGGACCGGGUCGACCUGGGCCAUGAACUACAAGGCCAUCUCCGGCUUCUGCGAGCUGCCGAGCCCCUGCGGCCUGUACAGCCUGUGCUCGGCGGACAGUACCUGCUCUUGCUUGGACAACCGGACCGAGGCGCGUCCUGGUUCAUGCUCCGCGCCGGGUUCGGGCGACUUCUGCGGAGGCGGAGGGUCGGGAAGUGGCGGCUCCUCGGUGCUGAGGCGUAACGGCGUGGAGUUGCCGUUCAAGGAGCUGAUGGGGCACGUGUCGGUCUCGUCCUUAGAUGACUGCGAGCGCGCGUGCGAGAGCAACUGCAGCUGUUGGGGUGCCGUGUACAGCAACGCCACGCAGUUCUGUUACACAAUAGAUUACCCUAUCCAGACACUGCUCGAGGUCUCGGACCAGACCAAGAUCGGGUACUUCAAGGUGAAGCCUGCGCGGGCCAGGAAGGGCAAGGGCUACGAGGCUGGGUUCGGGGUCGGGGUCCUGGUGUGGGUCCUGAUAGGGAUAGCGGUAGCGGGCGGGUUUGGGUUGAUGGGUUAUCGGGUGUGGAGGAGGAGGAGGGGGUUGAAGGGACAUUUAGCAGACGAAAACGGUCUGGCCGCCGGCCUGUACAAGGACCUCGGGUCCGCGAGCUUCCGGUCCAUCGAGCUGAGCAGUAGAUGAGCCAACCCGUCCGAUGCGAGGAACGAAAAGCAGACAACAUGCUAGACAAAUUCACUCGUGUGUGGCCAUUGGGACUGGUUCGAAAAAAGCUGUAGACAUUCGAUACAAUUUUCUUUUUAUUGAAGUUUUACUUUAGAAUUAAAUGGGGACCUCACGUAGGUCCUUAGGAGGGGUGAGAUUGAUGCGAUUGACAAAGAUGGACAAUACAAUAGUCCAAGUUGAGACUAGAGCGCGAGACAAAGAGGAAGAAGUUCGAGGAGGUCUGACGUAAGACAUGACGACGAUUGGUUGGAUCUUGUUGGCGGAAGACAGCUCGUGAGUGGGGGGGAGGGUUUGACUGCAAGUGGAAAAUGGGGGGCUGGCUUGGCAAUGCCACGUGGAAGCGAAGAUCACUCUAUGAUUUGAUUUUUC